UGGCCGCACUGUGCCUCUUGGGGCUUGUAGUCCCGACAUUCAAAUCUGGGGGCGGAGUUAGGCUGGGAUAGCCCGCCACUUCCGGAUGCUUCUCCCCUAGCUCCAGCGGAGCGGCCAAGGCUGCGGAAAGUGAGAGGCGUUGAGUUCGCGUGUAUCAGGUCAAGGGGCCGGAGGAAGCUGGUCGGAACCGGCUCCGGGGAGGCGUCUUCGGACCGCGGUGACCGGCGUGCCACUAUCUUCCUGCCUGCAGUGUCAGCACAUCUGUUGGAGUCUACUUCAUGAUUCCAGCUUGUACAGAAGACCAGGUGAAAUACCCACCUUCGUGGGACUGAACAACUACUAGAUUCUUGGACAUCCCAUUCACAGAUGCCCAUUGUUGAGUUAGUUGGACUGCAGAUCUGCAGUCCUAGGAGAAGAUGGGAAAGGGUUGCAAGGUUGUCGUCUGUGGGCUGCUGUCUGUUGGGAAGACUGCGAUUCUGGAGCAACUCCUCUAUGGGAAUCACACUAUUGGGAUGGAAGACUGUGAAACACUGGAAGAUGUGUACAUGGCAUCUGUAGAGACAGACCGUGGGGUGAAGGAGCAGCUGCACUUGUACGACACCCGAGGCCUGCAGGAAGGUGUGGAGCUGCCAAAGCAUUAUUUCUCUUUUGCUGAUGGCUUUGUUCUUGUGUAUAGCGUGAAUAACCUCGAGUCCUUUCAAAGAGUUGAACUUCUGAAGAAAGAGAUUGAUAAGUUCAAAGACAAAAAGGAGGUGGCAAUCGUUGUGUUAGGAAACAAACUGGACCUUUCUGAGCAGAGACAGGUGGAUGCUGACGUGGCACAGCAGUGGGCAAGAAGUGAGAAAGUGAAGCUGUGGGAGGUGACAGUGACAGACCGGAGGACACUGAUUGAGCCCUUCACUUUAUUGGCCAGCAAGCUUUCCCAGCCCCAGAGCAAGUCCAGCUUCCCUUUGCCUGGGAGGAAAAACAAAGGGAACUCCAAUUCGGAAAACUGAGUCAAGCCUUGAAAUGUCUAGCAUGGCCCUUCACAAACCACCUCUGGGCCUUAUAGAACCCCUAAGUGGUAAUUUAGUGCACUUUAUAAUUAAGUUAUUGGGCUAGUUUGUUGUUGUUGGACAUUAUUUUGUCUUUAUUUGAAACCUGUUCUUAAAAUCAAGUUUGUUAUUUAUUUCUGUACUUGUCAAUAAUAGCAAAAUAAAGUUUAGAGUAUGCCGUA